GUCGCACUUCCUUUGUCCAGAUGACGUGGCACCAUGUCACUGGUGCCUGCUUACUGGGAGUCGAUACAGGUCGUUAUCCUCACCCAUCCCAUAGAAAUGGAUGAAAGUGCGGCAACAAUCAGCAGCAGUUAACAAACAGUAUAUCUUCUAGUAACUUAAAUCAAUCUCAGCCCACUUGUUUCCAUCUUCACCAGGUUUUAGUUUUUCCGGCGGCAAAAGAAACCAAGGAAACAGCCGCAGGAUCUGAGAAACAACGGCAGGAAGUCAGCAAAGACUUAACAUAUAUAAAAAGCGAAUUUCGUAUCCUUCAUGGGUUCUCUGGAUAAAAGGUGUUUGUUUUUCCAUUUUUGACAGCAUCUGGUUUCUAAGAAUAGUUGGUGCAGAAACUUUGAUAUGGGUGUUUCUUUGGUUGUCUUCCCUUGUGGGUUGUUUCUUUUUCUUCUUAUCUUUUGCAGCUCAGGAUCAGAAGUUGUUACCAUUGAUGUUAUUCAAGCAAAAAGCUUGCUUCAGUCAGGCUAUGGUUAUAUUGAUGUCAGGACAGUGGAAGAGUACAAGAUGGGACAUGUGGAUGCAGAGAAGAUCCUGAAUAUCCCGUACAUGUUCAACACACCAGAAGGUAGGGUGAAGAAUCCUGAAUUCCUGAAGCAGGUUUCAUCUGUUUGCAAGGAGGACGAUCUUCUCGUAGUGGGCUGCCAAAGUGGGGUCAGAUCCCUUUAUGCAACUGCUGAUCUUCUGACAAUAGGCUUUAAGAAUGUGAGCAACAUGGGAGGUGGUUAUCUUGCUUGGGUGGGUAAUGGGUUUCCUCUGAAGAUGGAGAAGCCUGUAAAAGUAGAAGACAAGCCGAAAGAAGAGCUGUGAUUGUUGUCAUGUAGUUCAUGUAGUUUUCAACAGGGACAAAGCAAAUUUAUUACUAUUAUAUCCCCUUCGCUCUUCUCCCUGUCUAGAAAAACCCUGUCCAGUUUGCCACCCAAUGUUAAAUUAUUAUUAUUUUGUGGAAAACCCUGUUUGCACUUAUUGGCUACAGUUGCUUUCCUUUGGCUUCUUGUACACUACCCAACAGUAAUCAAAUUCAAUGGUUUAA